AUGAUUCAAAUCUGCGUGCUGAGAUGCGUUCUUGAUGGAGUAGUGAUACUUGCCUGCUUAGCGCCGUUAAGCUACUUUCAGGCAUCCGUCCCCGGCGGCGAAUACCGGGGACCCCAAGUUCCGAUAUUUAGGUCAGUGUCGUUUUUAGGUUCGAGUCAUUGCACACCUUUGGUGUUUCUGAUGAGCGGUUGCUUUAUGGGAGAUCCAACCAUGUUUUGA